CCUCCUUUCCCCUUCACCUCUUUAGCCACACCAUCAUCACCUUCCCUUUGUGGCAGGAUGGUGUCUCAAGGCAAUCGUACAAGCAAGAAUGUCGAUCCGUCUCACAUUGCAUGGACAAAGUUCUUUGACAAGCAUACUUUAAUCGUACCAAUACAUCGUAACACUGAAUCGGGCUCAUCUACAAAACCACCCCCUGUUUCACAAUCAGGUCGAUUCUCAUCUCUAGGACCGGGUCCUAAUAACAAACCAAGAAGAUCUAGAUCAGCUCGAGAUCUGUCGGACGAGUUAAAUGACACUCGAGGACAGAAAGCGAUUCGAUCUGUGGACAGCAAAUAUGCUAAACAAACAGGCUUAACGGAAGCAGAAUGGGAAGAGACUAUGAAAAGGCUCAGGCGGCUUAUCCUUUUAGAGGGGGUACCUGGUGAUGAUUUUCGCCUACCCAACAAUCGCUCCACUGCUCGUUCAACGAUUUGGAAACUUUUGCUGGAUUGCAGGGAUGUCGAUGCGGCACUCUACCUUUCGCUCGUAGCCAAAGGACCUUCGCCUUUGCAUGACAAGAUUCGGAAUGACACCUCUAGAACACUUGCAACGGAUAAGCUAUUCAAGAAUCGAGUAGACGAAGCUGCCCUUAUACGGAUGCUGGACGCAUUCGUUUGGCGUUAUUGGAGCGAUGGAGCACCGAAAAAGGUUGUGAAAUGGACAGGAAGCAAAGCAUUCACUUUCAGCUACGUACAAGGAAUGAAUGUCCUGGCAGCUCCGUUCUUGUACGUCAUGCCGAGCGAGCUAGAAGCUUUUCAGUGCUUUUGCAACUUUAUCGAAAAUUGUUGUCCGACGUACGUUCAACCGACAUUAAUCGGAGUACAUCGUGGCUUACAAUUGCUUGAAAGGUGCUUACAGAUGGCCGAUCCAGCACUUUCCAAUCAUCUGCGAUCAAAGCAGCUCAAUGCAGAGCUGUAUGCAUUCCCUUCAAUUUUGACAUUAUGUGCAUGUACGCCGCCUUUACGUCAAGUCUUGCAAGUGUGGGACUAUCUUUUGGCCUUUGGAACCCACUUAUCGAUCCCAUGCAUCGUUGCUCAACUAUUAUUGAUUCGCGAUGAGCUGAUGACCAGUAGUCAGCCUAUGAAACUGUUACGACAAUUUCCAGAUCUAGAUGCCAGAAGUGUGGUGGGAAUUGCAACCACGCUUGUACGUGAUCUAGAUGAUUCCCUUUAUGAUGAUCUCGUACAGCAUACGAUCAUCUUGUAGAGUUCUUCACGACUCCAUACGACCUUUACGAUUAUUUUACGAACUUCUCACUGUAUUUCUAUACAAUCUAUUGAUACAUUUCUAC